AUGCUUGUUGUAUAUUUCGGCUUAUUUAUCUGCGCGUGCGCAGCGCAGUCAGUGUUCUACGACUCCUUUACGGGGAACACUGUAACCAACGAGGAGGUUAAAGGGCACAUUAAAAGGAACAGUACUUUUUGGUGCGUAAAUGAAGUCUUGCCAUGCAACCCGUUGGAAGGCAGGAGAGUGGAUGGCUCCUGCAACAACCUGAAGUAUCCCAAUAGGGGUGCGCCACAUACUCCCAUGCUCCGACUACUGCCGCCCGAAUAUGAUAAAGAUUUUGAGCCGCGCAGAAGCAAAAAUGGGGAUCCUCUACCACUGCCACGGAAGCUUCGGACGUCGCUGUUGCAGGAGGGGAGUGUUCCCGAUACAGAGAUCACACAGCUUCUUCUCCACUUCUUCGUGUUUAUGGUGUCCGAUGUUAUGUCCGUCCAUGACACUGUUAAUUACAUACAGUGGAGACCUUACUGUUGCCAAGAGAAAGGAAAAACAGACAAUGUAUGCAUUCCGAUCACGAUAACAGACGAUGAUCCAGUACACAGGUUCUCGUCCAUACGCUGUAUGAACCUCACCAGACCCGAAAGCUUUCAGUCCAGGGGCUGCUUGAGGAACAAUACAUCUCCUGAAAGGAUUACCACAGCAACGUCAGUUUUCGAUUUAUCUCACGUGUACGGAAACAAUAUGCAAGUUUUGAACGCGAAGGCUAGGCUUUUUGAGAAGGGGCUGCUUAAGUUUGAGGUAUCCGGGGGAAAGAUUUGGCCACCAAGUGUUAAUACAACCAAACAUUUGUGCUUCCUGAACCAACUGCCUAAAGAGACGAGAUGCCAUGACAUACCGGAACAAGGCGCAAACAGUGUUUUGGGCGUGAAUUUAUAUCUAAUCUGGACCUGGAGGUUGCACAACCGAGUCGCAACUGAGUUAAGCAAAUUGAAUCCUUGUUGGGAUGAUGACAGGAUAUUCUUCCAGACGAGGGACAUAGUCAUUGCUAUUAUCAUGCAAAUAUUUUAUUACGAGCUGAUGCCGGCGAUGAUGGGUUACGAGAAUCUUCUACGUGACGGUGUCCUGUCACCUUACAAGGGCUUCAGGGAUUUGUACGAUGAAAACAUUAUCCCACAAGUAUCGCUGGAGUUUCCAUUUGCCCUCCGAUGGGCGCAUACAUUCCAGGAGGGAAAUUUGAAAAUGUACAAUACAAACGGUACCUUCCUAAAGGAGACAAAAGUGGUGAAUCUUACCCUACGGACUGGGUAUCUGGAUGAGAACAUAGAAUACAUCACGCACGGAGCUUUUCGGCAGCCCAGUGCCAAAUUCGACUAUACUGUCGACCCAGAUAUAGCAGAAACCGUUCUAGGUCCGCACCAGUUGGCCUCAGAUGUGUUUUCCAGUGAUUUGACCAAAAACCGAUACUUUGGCUUCCCGCCGUACGUCAAAUACAGGAAAUACUGUUCAGGAAAGUCGCAUCGUAACUUUGGCGAUCUGAUGGAUGUCAUUGACCCCGAGAGAAUAACAUUGCUCAAAGAGAGAUACAAGGAUGUAGAGGACAUAGACCUUAUGGCUGGCAUGUGGCUUGAGGAGCUGGUUCCAGGAGGUCGCUGCCCGUACACCUUCUACUGCCUGGUAGUGGAACAGAUGAUCAGAUCGAUGGUGUCCGAUCGGCACUGGUACGAGCGACCAAACCGCCCGAACGCUUUCACUAUAGAGCAACUUCUUGAGAUAAGAAAAUCUUCUUCAGCGCAAAUGAUGUGCAGCGUCGGUGAUAAAGUUACGCACAUCCAACCACAGGCGUUCUAUAUGGCUGGACCUGGAAACGAAAUGCGGAGUUGUGAUGAAAUCGAAAAGAUAAAUCUGUGGGCGUGGAAAGACGCAAGCUGCAAACCGAAGAAUCCUUUAAAUUGUUUUAAUUAUAAUCAUACCUUCGCGGUGGUGUGCGAAUUUUUGCCCAAUAUCAAUAGACAAGACAUUACUAAUACCUCCAGCAUGCACACCUACGCGGUGGUGUGCGACUUUGUUGCUUUAUAUCAAGAGACAAGACAUUGCUAA